AUGCACCUGCUCAGCAUCGCCGGUCUCCUCUAUGUGCUUCCCUCCUUGGGAAGCGCACAGCCUUUUGCUGCUCGCCAGGCCCCUGAAGAGACCAACGUGACGACCACCGUUCCCCGGAGCUACAUCAUCGAAUAUGCUUCGGGUUCGACUAAGGCUCGGCGCGAUGUCGCAUUAGCUGCCGACAUCAAGGUCGUCAAGGACUUUGAGACCGAUGUAUUCUCGGGUGCAAGCAUCGAGACCGACAACCAUAACGUUGAUAGCCUGCUGAACCUUGCCGGUGUUGUUCGUGCUUGGCCUAACAAGCGCGUAACUCUCUCGCCUGUCGAGGGUCUCACGUCCAUCGGAGACGCCGCCGCUGGCAACUAUACGACACAUAAUGCUACGGGCGUCAGCAAACUUCACGACAGGGGCAUCUUUGGUCAAGGAGUCAAGGUCGGCGUUGUUGAUUCUGGGACGUGGUAUAAACACCCCGCGCUGGGCGGAGGAUUCGGCCCUGGGUCUAAGGUGGCCGGCGGUUACGACUUGGUCGGUAACGGGUGCACCCACGUUGCUGGAAUUAUUGCUGGGAAGAAUGACUUCUGGACUGGAGUGGCGCCUGAAGCGGAGCUUUAUUCAUAUAAGGUCUUCGCCCAAAUCGAUGGUACAGAUGAGGCAACCCUGAUUGAAGCGUUCCUGAGGGCCUAUACUGAUGGUGUUGAUAUCAUCACUGCCAGCAUUGGUAGUCCAGGAGGUUGGUCGACAGGCGCGUGGGCCGAGGUUGCUUCUCGCCUUGUCGACGAGGGAGUGGUCGUCACGAUUGCAAAUGGCAAUUCGGGCGCUGCUGGUGCUUUCUUUGGGAGCACAGGAUCCUCAGGCACAAACGUCCUUGCCGUCGCUUCAGUCGAGACUGAGACAUAUCCUGCGUCGCCCUUUGAGCUUACCUCUACUCUUGAUGGCGAGAGCGAAACAGUCAAGGCUGGAUAUCUACCAUCGACUUACUACUUCUCAUCCAACGUGACUGACUGGCCUGUGGUGCCCCUGAACUUCAACACUACGGACCCUGCCGACGGUUGUCAGCCCUAUCCCAAUGGCACGCGAAGACUAGAAGGAGUGAUUCCCUUGGUCCGGAGAGGUACUUGCACAUUUGCCACCAAGCAACAGAACCUGGUUGCUCUUGGCGCUGAGUACAUCCUCUUUUACAACAACGAAAGUCCUCUGAUUACACCCGGGACAACUGAAGAUGUUGGACUGAUUGGACUCAUCACCGCCGAUGCCGGUGCGGCUAUCAUUGACAUUGUCAAAGCUGGAGGAAAUGUCACUGCAGACUUCUCCAUCAACCCCGAGCAAGUCGUUGGUCUGGAGUACCCUGCUGGUGGCCGUCCCAAUACAUUCACCUCUUGGGGAGCCUCAAAUGAUCUACAGAUCAAGCCCGACAUCGCCGCUCCCGGUGGCCAGAUAUUCAGCACUUACCUUGACAAUACAUACGCUCUGCUUUCUGGUACAUCAAUGGCGACCCCUUACGUUGCCGGUGUUGCGGCUUUGUAUAUCAGCGUUCAUGGAGGCCGAUCUGUACAUGGAAAGGGAUUUGCCAGGACUUUGCAUCAACGCAUUAUCGCUAGCGGGACCUCCCUGCCCUGGUCGGACGGGACUGCAACCGACUACGGGUUCGCCGCUCCAGUUGCCCAAGUCGGUAAUGGGUUGAUCAAUGCCUUCAAAAUUGUCAACUAUACAACGGAUAUCUCCUUCGAGAAAAUUGCUCUCAACGAUACUCACUACUUUAGCGGCGAUCACGACGUCACCGUCACUAACAACGGAGGCAAGGACGUAAGCUAUACAUUCUCGUACGAGGCAGCCGCCGGGGUUGAGGUUCUAGGCUGGUACUCCUUCGUGGCGCCAUACGCCGGUGAGAAGAGGCUCAAGAGCUUCUCAGAGCUCAGACCCACGAGCUUACCGAUUGAGGUGUCUGUGCCGACCGAGCUCACGCUUGGUCCAGGAGAGAGCAAGACUGUGACCGUGAGCUUCCCCAAUCCUGAUGGCCUGGGCUGGAACUCGUCUGCCCUUCCCGUCUACAGCGGGAAAGUCAUCGUUUCUGGCGAUAAUGGAGAGCAAGUUUCGGUUCCCUAUCUGGGUCUUGCCGCGGAUUUGAAUGCUGAGAUCGACCCCAUUUACCGGCCUACGUACCCUUUCACAACACAAAGAGACUAUGUCUACUCAUUCAACCUGAACAAAUCGAGUCCAGACUUCCCAAUCAUCUACUCCAAGCUCAUCUGGGGCAGCAAGGAGGUCCGGUGGGACAUCUACGAGCCAGGCUGGACCGAGGAGCAAUGGGAAUACCCUCCAGUGCCGGGCGAGAACGGCUACGUUGGACCGGCCACCAGCCACGUCCUAGCUGGCAGCGUGAGCAACUUCGACCCCGACCUCUAUGAUCCCGAUGACACCUUCACCUACCCCGAGGUGGAUCUUUUCCGCAACGCUCAGACACAGAACUCGUACCAUGAGUUCUGGUGGUUCGGCAAGCUGGGCAACGGAAGCCAGAUCGAGCUUGGAAACUACACUAUGCGCUUCGCCACGCUUCGACCCUUUGGGGACCCCAGCGUUUCCGACGGGUGGAACAUCUUCCAAACCCCCCAGAUACAGGUUACUGGCAAGUACCCAAGACGAGCAUGA